AUGGAAAAUGUUGAUCGCUCCCUCCGCGAGGUCUCUCAAGCAGUCCAGAAACUCCUCCAAAUCAACGAGAAGAGCCCAGCCCCGUCUUCGAGGGACUCUCCUUCGUCCUACAUCAGCACCAACCCUUCCAACAUCGCCGUGAUGUCCGAGGGGUACCGCGGCGACUCCUCCUUCAACGCCCAUGUUCACAAGGUCACAGAUGCUCUCAGAGAUGCAGCAUCGAACCUGGAGUUGACCAUGGGAGAUCCGACGUUUACGACGACAACGCGCAUGAUUGAGCAGACCGCCGAUAGCGAGGAGGGGAGCACGCCUUCGGAUGGCAGUUCUCCGUCGACUUUCAAAGUCCAGUACCCCGAGCUGGAGGGUAGAUCACUUCCUCCGAUAGAGAAGGUUCUCAAGUUGCUCAGGCUGGCGCAAGUCGAGAAACAGAGAUUCUUCGUCGACUGCUCCGUUGUCGAUGAGCAGGAGUUUACCGACUUUUGCCAGAAGGUCUAUUUCGCUGUUAACGACUACUCCAUAUUAUCAUGGGUAAUUGUAAACACUGGCCUAUUCUACCUGUUUCUCAACCUCAAGGAACACUACCAUGCGCAAAUUGGAGUUACAUACGCCGACAUCCUUGCAUACUCCCAACUGCUCAAAGAAAACAUCGAAGCAGCGAUGCAGUCACUGAGACUCUGCAAUGAUCCGUGCAUGGAAGCUUGUCAGGCCUUCUCCCUCUUGUACACAUAUUGCAACAGAUCUGGACGAAGUCCGCUUGCUUGGCAGAUGAUCUCCGCUGCCUCGAGAAUGUGCAUCGACCUUGGCUGGCAUCGUCUUCCAAAAGACGGCCCAAAGGUCUGCAAAGAACGGCAGGUAUUUUGGCACAUAUACAUCCACGACAAGGGUAUGGCCUUCACACUAGGCCGGACCCCGUCUAUCCACCCGUACGAUGUUUCGACACCGCGGCCAACUGUCCCUGAUGAUUAUGUCUCGGGGGUACCCAUACACCUCUAUGUUGGCUACGUGGAGUAUGCCAUUAUUGUUGGCGACAUGCACAUCCAGUUGUUCUCCGCCGUAGCACUGCAAGAAUCUCAGCAAAACCGGAUCGAGACAGCGAAGUCAUUUGCUAGCAAGAUUUUGCAAGCAAACAGAGACAUAAAACAGUCGCUUCGAGAUGAUCCGCCGACGAGCGACAUCUAUCUGGCACCGAUCAUGUUAUUCGACGUCAUCAUGUUCAGUCUGGUGACGAUUGCGUAUCGCAUUGUUCCGUGCGAAGAGCCAAAUCAGAGUCCGCUGAAAUGCAACAUUGCUUGCAUCGACGCAGCCCGAAAGGCCCUGAAUACAAUGGUUCAACAUUACGAUGACUGGGGUUCCGGCGAUCAGACUAGUUGGACUAUGCUGCUGAACAUAAUGUUCUCCAUGCUGCCCUUCGCGGCAUUCGUCGUUCUCGCAGGAAACACCAUCGCUACAUCCUCAUCUGGCGACUUAGCGCUCAUGGCAUCCACGGUGACUGCUUUAGAGCCCAUGGCGUCGAGCUCACCUUCGGGUAGGAAGUUGUACGACGUCUGCAAGACGUUCCAUCAGCUGGCCAGCUUUGCUAUUGCUAGACAGACAGUACUCGCAGGCACACCCCCGGAAGCACCUGUGAUUCCAGCCUCUGUGUACGAUCAGCAUGCCGGUGGAGAGUUUCCGUUGCCUUUGGGCGACUUGGAUGCGGCAGCUUAUGACCAUAUUAUGGCGCCACAAGACUGGGACACGGUUAUGAACGAGUUUGAGCUGGGGACCGGGGCUGGAGCGAUGGCGUCGUUUGUUGAGCCGUACAUGCCGUUCGGUGGCAGGUUGUGA